AUGCUGGUCAGAAGAAUAAUCGUGCGACUUCCGAGUAGCCCUCGUGUUUGGACACAGUAUAAUCCUCGAAUCUUUUAUUCAACCGGACCGAAUACAAAUUCCACAUUAGUUGAUACUUGGAAACAGAAGCUUGGUGCAUACUGGGAGAAAUCACAAAAUAAGGCAAACGAGACAGCUAAUAAACUUCGGGAAUACUCAGUGAAUUUCAAAACACAAUGGGACAAAGCUCAAAAAUCUUUAAAGGAUGCGAACGAGAGAUUGUCUCAGAUGGAAAAUGACAGUAACGAUUCAAAAUUGAACUAUAACGCUGAAGGUAAGAUCAAGGACCUACCUAGCGAAAGAGAACGACAUCGUAAAAAAUGGGCUCGCAAAAUGGAACUGUAUUUAGAUUCAUUGCAAGAGACCAUAUUCACAGCCACCAGAGCUUUGAAUGACGUAACAGGAUAUUCCAGUAUUCAGAAGUUAAGAAAUACAAUUUCCUCAUUGGAAGAAGAGCUGAAGGACACUAAAAAACUUGUCAAUGAAGCAAAGGAAAAGUACGAGACAGCUAUAAAAGCAAGAUCGGGAUCGCAAAAGGAAGUUAAUGAAUUGUUGCAAAGAAAAAAUUCGUGGUCUCCUACUGACCUUGAUAGAUUUACCCAACUAUACAGAGAUGACGCAUUGAACUCUCAAACGGAAGAACAAUCUAAGGUAAAACUCGCAGAACUUGAGGCUAAGGAGGAGGAACUUUCAACGAAUUUGUACCGAGCCAUUCUUACAAGGUAUCACGAAGAACAAAUCUGGUCAGAUAAGAUCAGAAGAACUUCGACAUGGGGUACAUUUAUUUUGAUGGGAGUAAAUAUACUCUUCUUCGUAAUAUUUCAAUUACUGCUAGAACCUUGGAAGAGAAGGAGGUUAGUCGGUUCUUUCGAAGAUAAGGUAAAAAUGGCGCUUGAUGAUCAUCAAAAGGAACAAAACUUGGCAAUUUCAGAAAUGUCAAAUACCAUAGACAAUUUGAUGGAUAAAAAACUUCAAGAAACUCAAACAAAACCCCAUCAGGAGGAAGUUCCCAAAAUCCUCACAUUUUCAAAUAUAGUUGCUGACUUUAAGAUAUGGUGUUCUUUACAGUGGACAAUAUACUAUAAUAAGUUGGUAACUCUUUUACCGGAGACAACCGUCACUUUCACCAAGAGUUGUUUCUACUCGUACUCCACACUACUUUUAUCAUUAGGUAUACUAUUAGGACACUGCAUUUGA